AUGGCGACACGCUCCGGAGCUCGGUCCAAGAUGUGCGGUUUCGAUGUCACCACAUUGACCCACAUCCGGGUGGUGCAAAUGGCGGAGGUGGUACCCAUAUGCGGGAUACCGAUGCUUCUCGGAAUCGUCGAGACUUUUAAGGCGCUUUUCCGUAACUUGUGGCUUCAGCAGAUCUUGGCGGACAUGCGACCGGAUGACGGAGCGUGGGCGUUGUCACGCCCCGGGCUGGAAACAGUCGUGGUGUGGAUGGCGCUGUCCUGGAAGCGCGUUUCGAGGGCAACAAUCAUGCGUUCAUGGGUUGCGGCGGAUUGCGUCCCCCCGAACUGGCAGCACAUGUUUCUUGCGUCACUGCCACGGGUUAGCACCUUAGUGCUGGACCAGUUAACGGAUGAGCUAAUGCGUUUGCAGAGACAGAUUGAUCGGUACAUCCCUCACUGGGACCGCUUGUCCGCUGUCAAGUUCGUGUGCGUUGAAGCGGAUCAUCCUGUGUGCACUGACGUCGUGACUGCAGGAGAUUUUCAUCUCGGAUGUGAUACUGGUGCCGAGCCUGCGGCGGCACCUGGCUACUUGGACGAUGCCAGGAGCAUUCGUCGCGUCAUGCGCACGUUGUCCGGUGCGUUCGCGAAACGAGCAGUGGAAUCAGGCAAGGACCCCGCCGACGUCGUUGUGGACGCUGGCAUUACGAACGCCGAACUCGUGUCCCGUCUACUAAGGACGCCCACGAAGAAGAGGCGUAAUUCUCACGUAACAAAAAACAACGUCUGUCGGCAGAAGCUUAAACAUUUGUACGCAUCGAAGUUGGUCGCUGCUUAUCGAGAGGCGCUGAUUGCGUUAGCAGAGCCGAAACCGGCAGCGUGUUCUCCCGAGAGCUCCAAAGGACCGCCGCGGUCGAGCAACCUUAAGCGACCGCAUGUAGAGGUCAGUCCGCCUGCACCAGCUUCGGAGGCGGACUGCGACGACGCGCACUCUGACGUGACCAGUGUGGACGACUGUUUCGACACGUUACAGGAGUUGUAUCUGUUCUUCCGCGAUGCAGACCUGUCGAUUAGGGAAGUGAACAGGUUACUUCACAUUUUCAGAAGCCCCCUGUUUGAUCUACAAGCUGCUCACUCAUGGCGGAAUGCGGCGGAUGUGCGGCGCUAUGGAAAAGAGCGGGAACCGCCGGACAUUGUUCCGUGGACCGUCGAAGAGAUCAAGGUGUUCGGGCCUCACGGCAAGGUGGCCAGGUUGACUCUUCAUGUCAGGAACACGGAGUUGCUGGUGAAGAAGUUGGUGAGGACAUUUGUGCACGUGCGCGGAUUUGUCACGCAGCCCCGGACGGAUGUAGAGGACGACGAGGACUCUCGGCAUUACAGCACGCCCGACACGGGGAAGUGGUUUCACGAGUGUCAGGCGGCGUUACCUGAGAAGGGGUCAUGGGUGCUGGGGGCCAUUGUUUACAGUGACAGCACCUAUGCGUCUGGAAACGGCAGGAGACAAGUGUGGCCUGUUCUCAUCACGCUGGUUAACAUACCGGAGGGGUUCAGAUGGACGGAACCAGGAUUUGUACUGGCGGCUAUCCUUCCGUUUCCGCCGGAAUGGGCAUCGUCAACGGAGAAGACGCGCGUUUAUCAAGAGGCGCUGAAGAUCAUUCUUGCGCCACUCUUGCGGGACCACAAAGACGCGGAGCUCCGAUUCAUUUUUGUGACAGACGUUAACGGGAAGGCAGUGAAGGCAUACACGUGUCUGUUUGUAGAAGUCGGAGAUUAUCCGGAGCUGUCCCGCGCAACCGGGACGAUGCAGGCGACGUCUCACCGCCCAUGUAGCAGCUGCUACGUGCGGGAGGACGAUCUGGCUCGUGUCGACCUGCGUGCUCCUGUGCGCACAGUGGACAAGCAGCGGCGCAUCGUCCACGCCAUCCAGACGGCCGCAACGGAUACUCUGGCUCAGCACACGGAGUGGGGGAAUGUGUUCCUUGCGUGCGUCGCGGACAUCUUGCACGUGUUGGAUUCUGGGGUGUUCGGUCACUCGACAUCGUGCUUUGUGGAGGGGAAGAGAAAGCCAGAGAAACGGGAGUGGGAGGGCGCCGCCAACUAUGCGGCAUUUGAGCACAGGGCGAUGAUGCAAGUGAUGCCGCUGAUCAUUGCGGACAAGAUGGACGGAAUGAAGCCGAAGGAGCGUGAGCAGAGAGAGCGCGAGGUGCGAGCAUUCCGGAUGUACGCCACCUUUUACAAGGCGCUUGUGGGCGUGGUGAAGCACACGCGUGCUUCAUUGGCGGUGGUCAGACAGCAUGCAAUCUCGAUGGUGGACGCGCUGAUCGCUGCUUUCCCCGCACAGUCAUCGGGAUGGAACUUGCCGAAAGUCCAUGCGGUGGUCCACCUCAUUGAUGGCAUCCCCAUGCGGGGUAUGCCGCACAAGUACUCAACCAACGCGUGGGAACACUGUCACAAGGUGACUGUCAAGAUCCCGGUGAGGGGGGGGAAUUGGAAUGACAUUCCUCGGCGGAUAGUGGAGGAGGAGGUGCAGAGGGAGUUGGCGCGAGAGGUGGCUGUGGAUGCGUGCGGUGGAAGACAGUACACAACUGCACUACGUGAGGCUGUGCGGUUGCAGGAGUAUGUGCUGACGCGCCGGUCCCGGGUGGCGUACCCUUCAGACCCAGAGGAUGGCACCCUCGCGCCAUACCGUUCAACACAUGGAAGCGACAUGAACGCAUUGACGUCAUGCGCCACGCGUGCUGACCUUUCUCUGGAUCGUUUCUGGUCUCCAAAGGAGGAGGAGGAGUGGUAUGCACGGUGCUUGUGCAUUUUUCGGGCGAAGCAGACUGACGGGACGAUUGCCAGGUUUGCGUACGUGAAGUACUAUGAGGCGGCAGGGGUGUGUGGGCUGACCACAUGCAUUCAGUUAACGCCCGGGCGAGUGAAAACGAAGUUUGCGGUGGUGGAUAUUGAGUGCAUCAAGAGGGUGGUGCACAUCUGCAAGUCGUUUGUGAAUGCCCGUGUAGUGCUCCUGAACAAGUUUCUGCUCUGCAAGUGA